AUGUGCGACCCUAAACCUGUCCACCAAUGGACCAUCAAUCUCGAAAAGUUACCGUGCAGUGGUAGAGGCUUCAGCUCCAACCGGACCAGCUGCUGCUUCACCAACAUAUGGGCAAUGGGCGGUAUUUGUGGUAUCAACACCUCUGAAGGGGAACUUGAAGAUCUUAUCGAGGAUUUUUCCGACGGCAGGGUACAGUUUGCGUAUGUGAAAGUUAAAGAUCCAAACACUGGUCUACCUAAAAAUGUCCUGAUUGGCUGGUGCGGCGAGGGAGUCCCGGAGAGAACAAAAGGUUAUUUUACAAGUCAUCUGGCUGCUGUUUCUAAGCUCUUACAUGGAUACCAUGUUCAAAUUACUGCUCGCUCGGACCGGGAUCUUACUCCCGAGAGCAUUGUACAAAAAAUUGCCGACUCCUCUGGAUCAAAAUACUCUGCAGGAGAUGCCGCAGUACCCACGAAACCCGGUCCCAAGCCGACCGUCGCAUCAAAGCCAGUUUUUACUCCUUCUCGGUCUGGCGGCGCUUUCAAGCCUUUGGCUGGAACACACCGAACGGCAGCACGUGCCCAGGAAGAUGUCGAUGACGAUGGCUGGGGAGCAGAUGCGCCGCCGGUUACAAGAACUCAGCUUGAAAAGGUCAAACCUGCAUAUCAGCCAACGAAGGUAAACAUGCAGGAAAUCAUGUCGCAGAAGCCGAGCGUAUCAAAGUUCGAGCAUCGCCCCACGGAUGAAAAUCCUUCGAGCGCCGUUAUAAAAGGAACUUACCAACCAGUUGGAAAAGUUGAUAUUGCUGCCAUCCGUCGACAAGCUCGUGAAUCCGGUCAGUCACACGAUGACCGUCCCGAACCGGUAAAAGGUGCCUACGAACCAGUUGGAAAGGUAGAUAUUGCCGCGAUUAGAGCAAGAGCACAGGGGCCAUCAGAUGGCUCUCAAGCAUCACCUAGGAAUCUGUCUCCCGCAAUAACGGGGGGUUCAGGAGGUAGUGAGGAACGAAGAACCCUUGCGGAACGGUCUGCUGCAUUCUCAUCUUCGGAUCGGCUGACGACUCUUCCCAAACCGAAAGUUGCCAAUAAAUUUUCGGGCGCUUCUACUUUUACUGGUACAAAAGCUCCAGUUCCUGGAGGAUUUGGCGUAGCUCCAACCACAAACGCUACUACAAUGUCCGGUGCAAGCCGGACAUUUGCUGACCAAGGGGGUAAAACACCAGCGCAGCUCUGGGCUGAAAAGAAAGCUCGGGAGAGAGGCAGUGCAGUGGAGAGCGCUUCUUCGCCUGUUGGGAACCAACAGCCACUGCAAAGCCAGUCCAGUGGCGGAGCUGGAUGGAAAAGCUCAUAUACUGGCAAAUCGUGGGCACCAAUUCAAACAGCCCAGACGGGAGAUAAUGGUGCAGGCCACCGACGUUCUGGCAGCGAACUAGAUGAAACAAAUAUCUCACAAAAAGAUGACGAGGAAGAACAAGAUAUCUCACACAGAGGGGUCGGCUCUAUUCGUGAUCGAUUUGCAAACGCCCCCCCAAUGGGCGCUGCUGCCCCAGUAUCUAGCUUUGAACGCUCCGCUCCGUCCCCUCCCCCGUUGGAUACCACCAAUAAACCAGAUCCCCCUCGUGGUGUCCCGAUUCCAGGUCUCCCAUCGCGCCCUACAGAACCAGAACAACUCUACGAGGGUCAACCCGAACCCAUUCCGAGUCCGCCUCCGCAGCCCCGUUCUCCAACGCCGCAAUCUCCCACUUCCGUUCCAGGCUCACCCAUUAGAGUUGCAAUGCCCGUAGGUAUGGGAUCCGCAGCUGAGAAGAUACCCGAUGCACAUGAAGAGCAGUUUUCCCCCCCAACCGCACUACCAGUCCGCUCCCUCGAAACGCAACUUCCCCGUGAAGAUGACCUGGACGAUGAACUUACACACAACGACGCUCGGGCCGUUGCCCAGAGCGGUGCAGCCGCGCUCCAUCCGGAGUCGCCGGCGGCGACAAAAUCCAGCGAAUCAAUCCGUGCACUUGUCAUUUACGAUUACGAAAAGGCAGAGGACAACGAGAUUGAUCUGGUUGAGGGCGAGUAUGUCACUGAAAUCGAUAUGGUUAGUGAUGAUUGGUGGAUGGGUGUGAACGCGCGUGGCGACCGUGGUUUGUUCCCUCAAAACUAUGUUGAGCUUGCAUCGGCCCCGGACCAGCCGGCCCCCGCGUCAGGGUCCGGAUAUGGCUCUGGAGGAGAUGCACAACCGGAUACGACUUCAGGGGUUGCGCAGCCGGGUACAACUGGAAGGACAGCAACUGCGCAGUAUGAUUAUGAGGCUGCCGAGGAUAAUGAGCUUGGUUUCCCUGAGGGUGCGAGGAUCACCAAUAUUCUUAUAAGCCCUAUUACCCUCCUAAACCCACCACAUGGAUAA